AUGUCAAAUCUAGAAGAACUCGGUUUAUGUCUUACGGUAUAUGUUAAAAAAACAUUUAUUGAUGGAAAUCAUUUAAAGACAAAAAUUAUUAAACAAAUGACACGAUUAAAUCAAUUUACAUUUUUUAUUAGAUCAUUCAUCAAUAUUUUUAAUGAAAUGAGUUUUCCAUCAACAGAAGAUAUUCAACAAACAUUCAUUGACUUUCCAUUUAAUAAAAUGAUUUCUUAUUUUAAUAAUUUUGCAGAUAGAAAACAAAGUCAAUGUUAUAUUUAUUCAUAUCCAUUUCUAACGCGAUAUUAUACUGGCAUUACAAAUAAUUUUCCAGGUGGAUUAUUUGAACAUGUUCGUUCGGUGUCAUUAUUUGAUGAACAACCUUUUGAACAUGAAUUUUUUCUUCGAAUUCAGAAAUCAUUUCCAUUUAUAGAAGAAUUAUCUUUAGUUAAUGGUAAACCACAAAACCGAAAACAAUCUUAUGAAUCAAACAGUAAUAAUCAAACUUUAUCGCUUAUUGAAUAUUUUUUUCUUAAGAAACUUUAUAUUAGCAAUGUUCAUGAUGAUUAUAUAGAACAAUUUCUUUUUCAUAUUAAAACAUAUUUGCAAAAUAAUAUUAUUGUUUAUGUUGAUUAUGAAUCUUUACAACGAGUAACACACAAUUUUACAAGAGAUUCUACUCGAACUAAUUGUGCCAAAAUAAGUAAAUUACAUUUAUGGGGUCAGGGAAAACGUUCCAAUUCUUUAGAAGAAUAUUUUCCUUAUGCAAAAAUAUGUUAUGGAAUAUAUUGA